AUGUGGUAUAUACUCCAUGACCAUCUGACACAUCGCCGUUCCAAGUUGUUUUCCUGUGCGUUGCGGAGGAGGUAUGUUGAUCGAUCGGCGUGCAAACUCGGCGCGGUGGCAUCUGUUGUGUGGGGCCCAGGUUCUCCGCCAACCGUGUUGCACGACUCGCUCCCACACAUUGCGGACAAUGCCGAGACCCAAAUGCUGGUUUCACCAAGUGACUUUGACAAGACCGCUGCCAACAAAGGGAUGCUGAAGGCAGAGGAUGAGAAUUACAAAGCUGCGCUUGAGGGUGGUCAGGAGCAGUGCAGUUUGUCAGUUCACAUCUUUGGGGGGGUUGAGAUUCUAGAAAGGGCAUACUGCUGUUUUGUCACUGUCAGCGAGUGCAUGGAGGUAGAUCCAUCAUCUCACGCGUGCGUCCAAAUAUAG